AUGGCCACCAAGGUCUAUAUUGUUUAUUAUUCUACCUAUGGACAUGUUGAGAAGCUAGCAAGAGAGAUAGAAAAAGGGGCUGCUUCUGUGGAGGGAGUAGAAGCAAAACUGUGGCAGGUACCUGAAACAUUGCCUGAAGAAGUCCUUCAGAAGUUGGGAGCACCUCCAAAGAGUGAUGUUCCAGUUAUUUCUCCCCAUGAGCUUCCUGAGGCUGAUGGCUUUUUGUUUGGUUUUCCCACAAGAUUUGGAUCUAUGGCUGCUCAAUUUAAAGCAUUUUUUGAUGCAACUGGAGGCCUGUGGCGUUCACAGUCACUAUCAGGAAAGCCUGCAGGCUUCUUCUAUAGCACUGCCUCUCAAGGAGGUGGUCAAGAAACUACCCCGUUGACAUCUAUUACUCAACUUGUUCACCACGGAAUGAUUUUUGUGCCCAUUGGAUACACAUUUGGUGCUGGCAUGUUUGAGUUGGAGAAGUUGAAAGGUGGCUCCCCAUAUGGUUCAGGAACUUAUGCUGGGGAUGGCUCAAGGCAGCCAAGUGAGUUAGAAUUGGCUCAAGCUUUCCAUCAGGGAAAGUACUUUGCAGGCAUUGCAAAGAAGCUCAAGGGAUCUCAAUGA